AUGUGGCGGACGCUGGGUCCCGUAUGGGAGGAGGACGAAGAUGUUGCUGAGACGGAACCAAUCACACAGAUGACAGAGACUGGAGGGAUUGGACAAACGAACGAGACACAUGCGAUGGACGGCGGGCUAUGCAACGACGAACCGUCUGGGGAUGCCGACGCAGACGGGGUCCAUGGCCAGCAUAUCAGUAUCGAGAUGUGGCAGCGGGAGGUGGAGUGCUACCAGGCACACGAACGGGAGCACGAGAUGGAGCGUGAACACCUCUCGUCGAGCCCCAGCUGUUUUAUCUAA